AAAACCCGAUUUCAACAAAUUAUAAACUUGUAGCGGAUUCAUAUAAUCAAAAAAUAAUAAAUUCUGUCAGCUGUCUAAAUGCCAAUGCUGACUUAGUCAUUGGAACAACUUGAAUAUUAUCUUACAUUUAAUUUCAGACACAGGGUGUUGACUUUGCUCUUCUUGUUAGUGUUUGAGAAAUCAAAAGUUGCUUUCUUUUAGCACUACUACUAAUUUUUGAUAAUCUGUUAGUGGUCUGAAAAUUGUUUUAUCGAAAUAUAUAAGGAAGCCAUAGAUGGCUGCUUAUGGAGCUUUAGUUUCUCUCACACACACUAUUGAUCAGGUUCUGCAACCUCCUCCUGCUCAUCACUUCAUUAUCGAUAGAGAACGGAUCGAAUCUCUACGAGAAAGGGUAGUUUUGUUGCUCGAUUUUCUGGCAAAUCAAUCUUUUAGACGAAGCAAAGAGGUUGAAGAUUUGGAGAUGCGGAUCACGGAUGCAUCUAAUGCAGCAGAGGAUAUAAUCGAAUCGAAUGCGAGGAACCAAAUUCGUGCAAAAUAUGAAUUCUUUAGAAAAAUGAGGUCCACCCUGAAAAACAUGGUGCAUAUCAAUGUCAAGAGAGACAUACCGAUGAUAGUAGAAGAGUUUGUCUUUAUCGAGAAAGAGUUAAGGAAUAUCAAAGACGACAAAGUCACGGAAGACGAGCAAUCUGAAAAGUCACCGACUGUUAGUUCGCCGAGGCCUCUCUCCGGCGGCAAAAACACCAUGGUGGGAUUCGAUGAGCACUUGAUUCAAAUAAUGAGCAUGCUCGCCACAGAUGAAUCUGAUCGUCGGAUUAUCCCUAUUGUUGGGAUGGGUGGCAUAGGUAAGACUACUCUUGCCACUAAUGUUUAUAAUAAUCCUUUUAUAGUGGAAAAGUUUGAGGUUCGUGCUUGGUUUGUGGUAUCCCAAGAAUGUACUGGCAAAGAGAUUCUGCUAGGCCUUUUGCGUCAAGUUGUUACUACAGGUCGAAAUGAACUUGAGAUGAACGAUGACGAUGAGCUGGGAGAAAAGUUGCACAAAACUUUGUUUGGGAGGAGGUAUUUGAUAGUGAUGGAUGACAUAUGGGAUAUCAAGGCUUGGGAGAUGGUGAAUAGGUUCCUUCCGGAUAAUGAUAACGGAAGUCGAAUCUUGGUAACUACUAGGCUGAUGAAGUUGGCUUCAGAUGUUGGGUCUUGUACCCCUUAUCAACUGAAUCUUCUAGAAAAAUCACAGAGUUGGGAUCUACUCCGUGAAAAGAUAUUUGCUGAAGGACGUUGCCCCGUUGAAUUGGAGGUAAUUGGAAGAAAAAUUGCCAAAAAAUGCAGAGGACUUCCUUUGGCACUUGUUGUUGUUGGUGGGCUUCUUGCAAAGUCCGAAAGAGAUCAUUGGAAGUACGUCGAAGAAGAUUUAACUUCAUCAGUAAACAAUCAAGAUGAUGAGUUCUGCAUGAAGAUAUUGUUGUUGAGUUAUAUUCACUUGCCUAUAUAUCUCAAGCCUUGUUUCCUUUACUUUGCCGUGUUUCCACAGGACAUUGAUAUCAAAGUGUCAUGGCUAGUCAGAUUGUGGAUUGCUGAGGGAUUUAUAAGACAAUGUAAGCAUAAAAGCUUAGAAGAAAUCGGAGAGGAGUAUUUGGAAGAUCUUAUAGAUCGAAAUCUCAUUCUCGUCGGUAAGCGAAAGAUAAGUGGAGAAGUGAAGACCUACCACAUACAUGAUCUUUUAAGCGAUCUAUGCAAGAGUGAAGCUCGGAAACACAAUUUUCUAGUCUUUGCAAAGCUUGAUAAGACCAAAGCUUCAUCGGAUAUGUUGAGCGUACGCCGCCUUAUCAUUAAUGGUGGCCGAUGGAAAAAGAUUAAAUUAAGAGCCUCUGGAUCAGCGGCAACUACUAGGUCUUUCAUAAGCUUCUUUUAUGGGAAUUCUUCUAGUUAUAGUGCUCGUCGGUUUAUAUUACUGCGGGUACUAGAUGUGGUUGAUAGAUAUCCUCAACAUGAGAUUCUAAAGCUAAUUAACUCAAGAUACGUUGCUUGCAUGGGUUCGUUAUCUAUGUCGUCUUCUAUAUCCCGACUAUGGAGUCUACAAACCUUGGUUGUUGAUGAAGAGUUGACUCUACCUAUUGAGAUAUGGCAGAUGCCCCAACUUCGACAUGUUAAGGCCAAAACAAUUUCUCUCCCCGAUCCUCCUUCAGAUAAUGCCCAAAAAAUCACAGUUCUUGAAAAUCUACAAACACUUUCGACAGUCGGAGAAUUCAAAUGUAGCGAAGAGGUAAUUAAACGAAUCCCAAAUGUGAAGAAGUUGGGGAUUGUUUGUUCGACAGUUGGAUCUCAUUGUUUAAGCAAUCUCGGCUUUCUCCAUAAACUUGAAUCACUUAGUCUAGCAUUUGAUGGUACAAUUGGUCGUGGAAACAUGGUGUUCCCAAGUUCAGUUAAGAAAUUGUGCUUAAGUGAAUGCAAGAUUCCUUGGGAAGAUAUGUCCAUUGUUGGUUCGUUGCCCAAUCUUCAAGUUCUCAAGUUGCGGUCGAAUGCUGCUGUAGGCCAAAAGUGGAUUUCAAAUGAAGAGGAAUUCGUUCGACUGAAGUUCCUUUUGAUUGAGCUGCGUGAGUUGGAGAUAUGGGAAGCAGACAGUACGCAUUUCCCAUGUCUUGAGGAACUACAUCUUCGGACCUUGAACCUGAAAGAAAUCCCGUCGGAUUUUUCGGAAAUAUUACCGCUUCAAGUGAUCGACUUAAACCUCUGCAGCAGUUCCCUUCUGACAUCAGCAAAGGAAAUGUCGGAGGAGAGAGAGAACCUAGGAUACGACGCUCUUCAAAUUCGAUAUUCUUCAUUAGGAGUGCUAACAAUUUUGGUGAAGAGAGGUAUUAACCUUUCUGUUCGUGACGGCCGCAUCAGAGAUCCUUAUGUUGUUAUCAAGAUGGGCGAAAAGAGGCUGAAGACUCGUGCUGUCAUAAGGAAUGUUAAUCCUGACUGGGAUAAGGAUUUCACAAUUGUUGUUUCAGAUCCUUGUCAACCAAUCUCUCUGACGGUAUACGAUCAGUACAAGUUCAACUUGGAUGACAAAAUGGGAGAUGCAGAUUUUGAUAUUAGACCGUUGGUAGAAGUUGCGAAGAUGAAUCCAAAUGGCCUUCCAAAUGGUACGGUAAGCACAAUAAUAUUGCCUUCGAUCUCCAAUUGCCUUGCUGAAGAGAGUUCCCUUGUUUGGAAAGACAACAGAGUAAUGCAGGACAUGCGCCUGAGGCUGAAAAAUAUCGAUUGUGGGGAAGUCGAACUUCAACUCGAGUGGUCUGAUUGUUUUAGUUAUUACAAGCGUUCUUAAAAAACAUUAUAUUUGAUCGCAUACUAUGUAACAGUUUUUACUUCAUUAUAAAUUGGGUUAAAUACAAAAACACCCAUGUACAAUGAAUUUU